AUGAAUAACGUCGUAAGCCAGUACGCAUAUAGACUACCGUUGGAAGAAUUGGAAAUUGAAGGUAAACUCAAAGUUAGCCUCGUGGAAGCUUGUAAUUUGGAGAAAACCGAAGAAAAUUUACUGAAUGUUCAAACGCGUGUGUUCGGUGGUUGCUCGACCCCGAUUCGAAGACUGACGAGCUCCAGCGAAGCUUUUAAACAUCAUGUCUAUAAUUUCAAUCGUCAUAUCUUUCAUAAUAUGUGUAUUUUGUUAUGUCCCAGUACUCCUAUAUAUGGUGCGAAACAAAGCGCCGUUGAACAGGACAAGGAAAAAUGA